UGUUAUGUAGAUCUGAAAAAUUAUAAUGGGUACUUCGUACUUUUUGGGGCUGCCAAUGGAAAGCAUAAAGAAGGCACUUGCCAGAACGAUUUCUGUGUAAAGACAAAAGACUCUAAAGCCAAGCCACUUGAGGGUUCUUGCCAUACUGAACCCAUUCGAAGAUUCAUCAUCAUCCACAUACCUAGCUAACAUGGCAACAACCGAAAUAAGCCUGAAGCUUUUCAUGGACAAGAAGGGCCAACGGGUGCUCUUUGCUGAAGCAGACAAGAAAUUUGUUGAUUUCCUAUUAAGCAUUUUCACUCUGCCCGUUGGAGUUGUCACGAGGCUUCUGAAAGAGGGAGGCGGCAUGGUAGGCUGCUUGCCAAGCCUCUACCAAAGCAUUGAAGAUAUGAGUGUUACUCACAUCAAACCAGACAAAAGCAAAAGCUUCCUGUUAGAACCCAAAGUAAUGCUUUGUCCUAAAGUCCCUCUCCUAUUGCCAAACAUUGGGUCGACAUUCCGUCAAUUGUAUAGGUGUUCGAACUCAAACAGAUACAGCACCUGUACCAAUUACGCGACAGAUGAAGACAGCACAAUUUGUCCUCAUUGCAAACAUAAGAUGGACCAGAUUUUAACAUUCGUAGACCCACCGGGCACAAUCAGGGAAUCCUCCACUAGUAAGGACGGUUACGUGAAAGGGACGGUUACAUACAUGGUGAUGGAUGAUCUGGAGGUGAAGCCCUCUUCCCCCACCACUCUUGUCUCUCUUUUUGCCAAGUUUAAUGUCAAGAAUAUAGGUGAUAUUGAGGAGAAAGUUGUCGAUGUGGGCAUGGAUGAGCUAGGGAGUGAAACUGCUCGAGGCUUCAUUGCGAUCAAAGACUGUUUUGACUGAUGUUUUCCUUCCGGCCGAGAUCAUUAAAACUGGAGGACUCAAUUGAGAUUAAUGAUCGAAUAACGAUGAUAUAUGCUGCGGAUUUGAUAUGAGAGCGGGAGCGUGUGUACCACUACUCAUCAUUUCCAUCAGAAUGAGUAAUUAAAUCAAGGUAUUGAUUGUUGUGAAUGAAUCAUAAGUUUAUAGCAAUUAAGGCAAUGUUGAAAAUCAGUGUGCUUUUAUUUCUAGCUGCAAGAGCUAUGUAAGGCUAGUACUAUUCAUACAAAAUAGUAAUCAUGUGAUUACCAAUUUGGUGUUCCCUUUUAGUUGCAA